AUGUACCGGCCAAAGGAAGGAAAGGAUACUCAAGUUUUCUACCAGAACAUGCGCUCCUUAUCAACAUCAAUCGGAGGCCUCGCUGUUCUUUUCUUUCAUCAUCCUGGUAUAUUCAACAUCUGGCCGACAUCGUGCAACUUGUGGUUUGUCAUCAGCACAUGUUGCUUUUCUCUAGGAAUUUGUUUCUUCGCUCUUGAAGCAUUAAAUGUCUUCCAAGUGAUACUAUCAGAAAGAAAAAACGUUUGGGGAAAUGCAUUGGUGACAACCGUCCUGCCUAUUCAAGAAAUCUCGGACUACACUCUCGCUGCUGCUUUUACUACGGGAUCUGUGGUCAUGUUAGCUGCAGCUACUCAACAUAGUAAGGCCACUUCACUAAUCAAACAAUGA